ACCUUUUGUGGUUAAAAUUAAUUUAGUAAUUAAUUUAUUAAUUUUUUUUUUAGUGUUAAUUUUCGAGAAAUGUUUAGAGAGUAAAUUUAUAAAAGCUGUAUAGGACGUAAGAAUUUUCUAUAUUAGCACCCGUGUAGAGAGAUUUCUUACAGUUUAAAUAAUUAGUAAAUCAUCGAGCGCUUCAAUCCGUUACAAAAUGUUACCUACACUAACUUUAACGAUUUUUUUUUUUUUUUUGCUACACAUAAAUUAAACGUUCUGAAAUCUUGGGUGAAAGUUUUCUUAACUCAAUUGAGACUGGAGAUGAAAAAUGGAUCUUUUUGGACCAGAGAGGAAAAUAAUUGGUUAAUUUCAUGUUUAAAGAGACCAUUAUUAAUGUUGUUUAUCAUACUGAAAGACCCUUAAGAGGUUGAAAAAAAAAUAAAAAGAAUUUCGGAGCUGAUUUGUGAUAACGCUUGUAAACCUCAUGUCUUCAUAUCCGCCGGUUGUCGUUUGCGCAUCACUAUUGUUAUUUUUGACCUUUUUUGUAAGACAGUUGCGCAUCGUUUAUUUUUGGGUUAUACAUCGUUUGCGCAUCGAUCGUUUAAAAGGUCGUACAUCAUUUGCGCAUCAAUAUUAUUUAACAAUAGAACUGAAAAAAAAGGUGUAUACCCGCGGCCGUAUAUCAUUUGCGCAUCGUCUGUUUACCUGUGCGAAAAUAUCUAACUUAUUUUCAAAUAUUGUAUAGGUAUUUUUGUUUUAAAAUAUAUAUAAUAUAAAUAUAAUAAUACGAUAUAGCAUGAGAUUAACAACUAAAGUGUACGGGUUUCCAUUUUAUUAUCCAUUUUUAUCGCAUAAGUAUAUCAAGUUCCGGCAGCGUCGUCGAUGCCUCAAAAAAAAAAAAAAAAAAAGAUAGUAGAUUACUGGAUAGUAACACUCGUUAGACGCUGUCGAGACGUACGCGUGACACACGAGACGUAAACGGUUCGGUAAUCGGUACAUUAUAAUAUUAUACAAUAUUUUUUUGACUUUUGAGUACAUGUAAAAAUGAAUCAAUUAAAAUUCGUUAAUUCAAAUCGUGGAAAAGCUGCAGCCAUUUUCCAAAAGUAUUUUUAUACAGAAAGGAAAAUUCUGAAAAAUGGUGAGAUUAUAUUUAUGUGUCCAAAAAAAGAUUGCUAUGCCUCAAUAAAAAUUGAUGAACACCGAAGUACGGUGUUAGAAAUACGCGGAGAACACACACGCCAUCUCCAAUUGACGGAUUCGGAGAUAGAAAAACACGAAAUUAAAAACACCGUAAAGAGGAAAGCUACUGAAGAAAUAUCAACAAGACCUAACAAAAUUAUACGGAAAGCAAUAUCCGAAGCAGAUCAUGUGACGCUUAAUGAUAUUUCCAACUACAGACAACAUAUAUAUAGAAAACGAAGGAAGGUUUUACCAGUAUUGCCGAAAUCAUAUGAUGAAGCUAUUUCGCAAUUAAUUUCUCAGGAAACUAUUUUAACUUUUAAAAAAGAACAAUUUCUUUAUAUCAAUGAUAAUAAAGUUGUAUCUUUAACUUGUAAAACCAAUUUAAAAACUUUAUGUGACAAUUCAGAACUCAUUCUAGCAGACGGAACCUUCAGAUAUUGUCCAAGAUAUUUUUAUCAACUGUACACGAUCCAUAUUUAUAAAAACGGGCUAUACUUACCCUUAGCUUAUUAUUUUUUAACCGGAAAAACAACAAACGAUUAUAUUGAAAUGUGGCAAUCUUUAAUCAAUUUAUGUAAUUCGAAUAACUUAGUAUUCGAACCAAAAUCCAUCAGAGUGGAUUUCGAAAAGAGUGCACAUUUAGCAAUUCAGCACUGUUUUCCACUAUGUGAUAUAUAUGGUUGCCGAUUCCAUCUAGGACAGGCUUGGUAUAGAAAGCUUAAUCAAGAUUUCCCAGCUCUAAGAAAUGAAUAUAAAGCUAAUACUGAAGUCGGAAAAUGGAUUAAAUAUUUCUUUGGUCUAUCUUUUAUUUCCCCUGAAGAAGUUUCUGAUCAGUUUUGUGAGUUGAUCGAAAUCGCUCCAAAUAGUGACGUAUUACAUUUUAGUGAUUACAUAUAUGACAAUUAUAUUCAAGAAAAUUGUUUAUUUCCACCAGAGAUGUGGGCAGAAAUUCCAUCAACUUUACCUAAAACUACCAAUGGACCUGAGGCAUUUCAUUCGCAUUAUAAUGCACAAUUUUACAGUACUCAUCCUUCAAUUUGGAAAGUAAUAGAAACGUUGAAGGAAAUACAGACAGAGACGUAUGUUAAAAUUAAAGAUAUUUCUGGUGGUAUCAAUCAUUUACAACGGGCUCCUGAACGUCAAAAACUUGAAUAUAUUCAAAAACAUUGGCUUAAGUAUACUACCGGUGAAAUAAGCAGGUUUCAUUUUGUAAGAAUAAUGGGACAUUACAAUAUACCAAGUAUUUAUUUAUAAUA